AAAAGCGUGUUGAUGAUUUAUCAUAAAACAUUGUCUAUGGGUCUGUCACUUUUAGGACUGUGCACGCCCUCCCACCAUUCAGAUCUUGUUUGCCUUUCAAAUUCUGAGACCCAUGUUAUUUCCUGCACUGUUUGCUCUACUGUUUUAAGUGGUGUAAACAGGUCUUCUGGUCACAAUAUGAGCCUCUACCUCGCAUCUGAUCACUGGUUAACUAUUCUUUACACCCCGUACAAACAAGAAGCAGCGGUAAAUCUUCUCCCGUAAACUAGCCUCAGCUGUGUGAAACAACAGUUUAUGACCCGUUUUAUCUUCGUGACACCGUCCGCAUACCUGCAUGUGCGAUCAGCCGUUGCUGCGGCAGCAAGUUCAUACAAGUUCCUCCGGGGUUAUGAAGCAGUCAAUGAGAGCAUGCUUGCCAUUGUCCUCGAGAACUUUAAAAGGACCACAAUUUGGAACGAGUAAGCCAGGAGGCCUGUUGCAAGGAUGACCAGCAGCACGAAAAUAUCUCUGCAAUGCCAGGAGGGCAAUGUGCUUCGGGAAACGUGUUAAGAAUAGACCGACUAUAGAGCACGCUCCUGUCUUCUGUUGUCUGAGGACAGACGGUUGGCCUCAGAGGGCAGGCGGAGAGGUACGGCGGAGUACUCCGUUUGGUCUGCCAAGCUUGUUGGUUUGUUGGAGUUGGUCGGGAAGGAUUUCGUCCCCAACAACUGGACUCAGCUGACCUUUGGCAGGAACGGUAGACGUGGAGAACGGAUGAGUGGCGAGAUGCAGAGUGAACCGUUACCUGCGGGAUUUUUUUAGACGUUAUUUAGCAACAGCAAAAGUGGGGGAACUUUAUUAACUGUAGACACGGUAGACAUGGUGGGAUCAAGUGUCUCUGAAAUCCUCUUCAUCUCUGUCAACCGCAGCAUCACUUUGAUGGGAAAGGUGUGGCUCGUUGUAAUGAUCUUUCUCCGGGUCCUGAUCCUCCUCUUCGCCGGCUACCCUCUCUACCGGGACGAGCAGGAGAGAUUCGUCUGUAACACCAUCCAACCUGGUUGUGCCAACGUCUGCUACGACCUCUUCUCUCCUGUCUCCCUGUUCCGUUUCUGGCUGGUGCAGCUCGUCGCCUUGUGUCUGCCUUACGUCGUCUUCGUCAUCUACGUGGUCCAUAAGGUGUCGGGCGCCCUCUCGGUGGCUCCGAACCCGACCGGACACGCCAAGACCUUUCAGAUGUUCAAGGUCCACAAGGAGCAGUUCAACAAGAUGUGUGUAAACAAGGUGCCAGUGGUGGUUGAGCAGAAAGGGGCACUGCGGUGCUUCACGGGAGCCUACAUCCUCCAUCUGCUGUUCAGGACGCUUUUGGAAGCGGGCUUUGGGGCGGCUCAUUAUUAUAUGUUUGGUUUCUACGUCCCCAGGAGGUUUUUGUGCCAGCACGCUCCGUGCACCACCCAGGUGGACUGCUACAUCUCCAGGCCCACCGAGAAGACCGUGAUGCUCAACUUUAUGCUCGCUGUGGCGGCCCUGUCCCUUUUCCUCAAUGUGCUGGAUUUCAUUUGGGCCAUCAAACGGUCGCUGAAGCACAACACCAAGAGGAAGACGACGCGUCAGAAAACCUUUGAGGAGGAGCUCUGCUUCCUCUCGGCUGGUGUCGCGUCCACAGGCAUGGAUGCAAACCCAUCUCCUACUCAACAAGAUCAAAAGGCACAACCUGGGAACACUGAAAGUUUCAGGAAGAGGCGCGGCAGCAAAGGCUCUUGUGGAGGAGGGAAACUUUCUUCAGGUCAGGAGGCGUCCUCCCUGGAGCGGUGCUCUCACCCUUGUUCUUCUGGAGCUCCGUGCUGUAACAGUGGUAACAAUGACGUCUUGACCUCCCAGGAGGAGGUUCUGGAGAGGAGUGGCAGCGAGGUUGCCCUCUGUCCCCAGGAGACUGCGGGGACUCCAAGAUCCAUUAGAGUCAACAAACGUAGCAGAGUUAAACCUCCCCCUCCGCCCAGGCUGGACCUCAGGCUACCCUCUGGGGAUUUGGAAGACCCGGUCAGGGAGGUUUUCACGACAACGGCAGUCUGUACCGGGAGGGUGGGUCAGUAUUCACUGUUUGAACUAGGAAACGGUGUUGAACUUCAAAGCAGUGAAGGUGGGCAGGAGAAACGAUCAGAGUGGGUGUGAGUUUUAGGCUGUAGUUUCUGUUAUUAGUGGCUUUCUAUCUACCUCGUUUUGUUUUUUUUAAACCCAGGCUGCUGUGUAGUUUGAGAAUUUUAACUGGAAUGACAAUCUCCACAAAAAUUUUAUGUAUCAUAAUUAGAGAUGCACCAAGCAGAGAGUUGUGGGUCAUACUAUGAUUUCCAACUUUUGUGAAGCUCUAAUCUGCUGAAACUGAUUUUAUUAUAUUUCAAUUUCUCUUUGGGGAUUAUAAUUAACAGUGUUCACAGUAUUUUAUUCUACUGCUCUUUCCACAAGGAAACAUAAUCAUGUCUAGGCUAAUGGGAGCAGACACGUCACCUUGAGUAAUGUUUUACAUUUAAAAACAAGCAUAGACUGAUUUGGAGUUGGCAUGUUAGAUUGCCUUUAGCACCGUACAUUAGCAGUUAGCACUCCUAGCAUUACUACCGGUAAGUUUCCAUUGAGAGAAUGCCGACCACGACUUUUAUCCAAAGGUUUCCCCAAAACUGGAAGCAAUUUGGAACCCAGCAUGGUUCUAUUAAGGAUGAAACAGAGGGAUAUCACUGUCAUACAUUUCUUCUUCAGGUCAAAUAACCCUUUGUUAAACGACUCCAAGCUAGGUCUGUGUUGACGUUGAAAUGAUGUGGCUGGAGACUUAUUUUGGUAAUCCAAAAACAACCAGCACUGUGAAGCUACUAAAUAACUUGGAGUGUUUUUCACUCCGUAACAGAGUACCUGUAGUCAUUACUAGUCCAACCUGGAUAGUUCUUGAUCAUGGUGUGUUUACUGAUUGGAAAAAGAUUGGGUAUUUCAGUUUCCAGCUGACUGGUUUGCCCCGAUCAGGCUGGAAAUCGAUCUAGUGGGUUUUGGUGCUUUUUUUUAUGUGCUGUCUCCUUUAGGACACUUGCCCUGUGAUGCUAACUGACAAAAAUUCACCCACCUCCUGAACCAAAGUCAGGAAUGACAGAACCAUUUUCAAUAAGGUGCCAUUGAGUGAGUGUUGCUCUUAGGGGGGACAAAAUAACUCUGCUGCAGCCCACCUGUUUGUUUCCAUGUGGAUUUUACCCCCACCUUCACCAUCACUGACCACAACAAAGGCAAGUCUGGACCUGGCCUCUGUACGCCACCCCCUCGGAAGUCCCUUAAUAUGACUCCAGCUAAAUAGCCCUGCUUUUGAGCUUGGAUCAGAGGGGUCAAAGUGGACAGGAGCAGCUUCUGGCCUGGGGUCCUACAGAUGAGCUAAAAUGAGAGACAAGGCCGUUACCCAGCCCAUAGAUGGGGAGAGAGAGGAUUCCUCCUGCAGAGCCAAGGACACUAUGAAGGCCCCUAAAGCUGACUUGAGGCUGAUCACUAAUUAUGCUCCCCCGUAGGGGCCCUGUAUUCAUGGCGACAGCUUGUCACUCUAUUUCAGGGCCUCUCGGAGCUCAGGAGGAAUACAAACCUCAGCACACCUCCACACUAGAAAUAGAGCCCAGAGCAGGGGAGUGCUGACCGUUGCCCUGCAGGAUCUCUGCACCGUGUGUCGGCGGGGGCUUUAGUUUCACCUUGGUCAACGCUUAAAUUAAUGUGACACCGACGUCCCACGGUGACACAUGCCUGUCAUAGCCAGUAAGACGUGUUGCUGUGUUUACACGGCCAGGGAAACCACGAUAAAUGAUUUGCACAAAACGAGUGCAAUAAAUCCUCAGCAUGGCUGUCUGAGUCGCUGUCUAGCUGAGGGGCUUAUCUUUGUGUAAAGAGAUAGCGCUUGAUGUUUUUCUUCUUGUGGCCUUUUUGAAGACGGCGACAAAAGCUCCCAGACUCGUAUCUUGGAUUGGUACAGACAGAUGCACCCUGACCCAUGUGUGAUAAACGGUUUUUGAAUUUCUGACACCAAAGUGUCUUUGAUUUUUGCUUUCAGUGUCCGGCUGGGCUUACGUUUAAUCUGAAAUGAAUCUGGUGAAAUUCUUAAGUGCUAAAACUGUCACACUUAAAAAAACACUUUGCGCUUUUAUAGUCACUUUACAUUGACUUCCGUUAUGUUGUUCCAAUUUAUACACUUGUUGUCAUUAGCUGUGUUACCAACAGAGCCUAGCAAAAGUACUUACGCACAUCUUUGAACUUUCCUACAUUUUUUUUCUUCUUAGACAGACUUCAAGAUAUUUUCUUUGGAUUUUAUGAGACAACCAAACAGAAAAUGGUACGUGAUUAUGGAGUGGAAGAAAAACACAUGCACACUUUUCAAAUAGUUUUAGAAAUAUCCUAAUCCUGAGCCAUAGAUUGUCUUUAGAUUAGGUUAUGAACUUUAAAUGUUUCACAUUAGUGUGCUUCCUGUACAAUACGCCAUUGUUGCGCUGAUUGCAUGUCGGGCCGCUGUGCUCCUGGCUUCUUUGUGUCUAAUAACACAUUUCUGUCACAGCUUUUCAUCUCCAAUUCUGAACCACACAAGCACUUAAGAUAUAUCAGAUUUUUUCCCCAAACCAUGUUUCCUUCAGGAGCACUUUUUCAAUCAAGUCUAUUGUGUAGUAAGAGUUUCUUCUCGAAUACUAGCGUUUUGAAACUCUGCUGCCCUCUAGUGCCACAGAAUGAUAAAUGCAGCCUCAUAUUGUAUUCCCUGACCUAAAUCAACCCCUUUGGUUUAUUCUCGGCUGUAUCUCUGUUUGUUUUAAAAUACUGCGUGACUCAAGCAGUGACUGCCAGUUUUAUAUGCCAUGUAGUUUAGUGAUUUCAAAUCGAUUGUUAGAAGGACUUCACUCUUUUUUUUAUGCUUGUGUACAAUAUAUCUUUUUUCUGUU